AUUGAAAGCUCUUUGAUAUCACACUAUAUGAUACUUCCAUUUAGCGAUUUAUUUUAUGAUGAAAAUUAAAAAAUAGAAAGCUUUAAGAUCGAAAUAUAAAAGUAUAAACUCAUCUGAGAGAGCUUUGAUUAUUCAUUAUAUUGAGUAAUACAAGUAUUCUACUUCACAUGUAAGUCUAUUUAAUGAAUUAAUAAGGUCUCUAUGAUAACAGGACACAAUGCCUCUACAAUAAAAGCUAUAUAUUAGAUUUAUAAAAAAGAGGGAAGAAUAAAUAAGAAAGUAAAAAGAGACAAGAUUUUGAAUUUAAGUUAUGGUUUGAUGUUGUUUGUAGUUGAUGAUAUGUAUAUAUUUUAAUUAUGUAGUAAUGGAAACCUGACGAGAAUAAGCAUAGAAUAACAUGAAACUUAAAAAUAAAUUGUGGAAGAAGAGCAAGUUAACACUUCAAAAAGUUACGAAUAAUCCAUAAAACAAGUUUUAGAAUAAAAUAAACACAAAAUAGUUAGUUUUCUAGAUAAUGUAGAGGCUAUAGAUACAUUUAUAAAAGAAGUGAAAAUCAUAUGUUAAUAAGAAUUUCCUAGUCAGCAAUUUUGUAAUUUAAGAUUAUCUUCAUGUUUUAAAAUAAAUGACAAGAAAAAUGUCGAUUAGACAAUAAAGAAAAAUAUUUAAAAUUCCUUCUACAAUCUCUCAGAAAAUCAAGAGAAUACAAAUUCAGAUGAGAAGAGUAAAUCAAUUGUUAUUAAAAAACUUAAUGAAUAAUAUAGAUAAAUGAAAAUGUGA